AUGUUUGGCCCGGACUUCCAUCUGCUGAUGCAGGAGUGCGAUGUGGAGGAGUUUGCGUCUCUGCCCCUGAGCGUCCAGAAUCCCGAGCGCGGCGGGACGCACAUGAUCUCCACCGAUGACCUGGAGUACCCGCGCGAGUACCGCUCGCUGGGCAACGGCGGCCGGCGCUUCUCCAACGUGGGCCUAGUGCACACCUCGGAGCACCGGCACACCGUCAUGGCCGCCCAGAGCCUGGAGCACCUCAGCAGCCUGGGCAGCCUACACAAGGCCGACAUGGAGCACCAACGCAAGCGCGACGCCUUCAUGGAGCACCUGAAGAGCAACAUGAGGGGGGAGAGGCCGCAGGAGAGGAGCGCCCGCGAACAGCACACACGAGCACGCACGCGCACACACACCACACCACACACCCACGAGCAAACAGGUGCGCAGCAGCAACAACCAAACUACUGGAGCUUCAAGAGUCGUAGUCCGCGCCACUCCCAGUCGACUCAGUCAGGCCUGGCGGAGCAGGCCAGCAAGCUGUCGUUUGCGUCGGCGGAGAACCUGGAGAGCAUGUCGGAGGCCGAGGUCCCGCUGGGCUUCAGCCGCUCCAGCCGCUUCCGCCAGAGCCUUCCCCUCUCGCGCUCCGCCAGCCAGUCCAAACUACGCUCACCUGGAGUGCUGUUCCUGCAGUUUGGCGAUGAGACGCGGCGGGUGCACAUCACGCACGAGCUGACCAGCAUGGAGACGUUGCACGCGCUCAUCGUGCACAUGUUCCCCCAGAAGCUGACGGCGGGCAUGCUCAAGUCGCCCAACACCGCCAUCCUCAUCAAGGACGAGGCGCGCAACGUCUUCUACGAGCUGGAGGACGUGCGCGACAUCCAGGACCGCAGCAUCAUCAAGAUCUACCGCAAGGAGCCCAUCUACGCCUCCUACCCGGCCGGCGCGCACCUGGCCAACGGGGACCUACGGCGAGAGAUGGUGUACACGUCGCGCGAGUCCUCCCCCACGCGCCGCCUCAACACCCUGCCCUCCUCCUCCUCCGCCUCCCCGCAGUCCGGCUCCCCGUCCCGCUCCCGCCUCUCCUACAGCGGCACCACCGGCCGCCCGCCCUCCUUCCCUCCGCACCCCCACGCCGGCCACCACCACGCCUCCCCCCACCACCACGGCCACCACGGCGGCUCCUCCAACGCCGGCGGGGGCGGAGGAGGCGGGGGUCCCGGCCUGUCCCACUCCCCCAGCGCCAUCCUGGAGCGCCGCGACGUCAAACCCGACGAGGAGCUCCACGCCAAGAGCCUGGUGCUGCUGAAGAACGAGGCCCUGUAUGCGGACCCCUACAGCCUGGUGCGCGAGGCUGGCGGAGGAGGAGGAGGGGGAGGCCGCCUCAGCAUCGCCUCUACCCAGUCCCUGGCCACCCUCUCUGGGCCGCUGGAUCCGCUGGGCCCCCCGGGGCUGUACCGCCGGGGCUCUAUGCGCUCGCUCAGCACCUAUUCCGCGGCCGGCCUCCAGGGCGGCGAUGUUGAAGACGCUCUGUACCGGCCCAGCACCUCCAUCUACACCGACACCUACGCCACGCUGGGCUUCCGGCUGCCCCCCUCCUCACCCCAGAAGCUGGCGUCCCAGUCGUCCGUAGACGGCCCGGCGUUGAGGGACCGGGGAGGGGAGGUGUUCUCCAGCCCCCCCAGCCGUGCCUCCCCCGUCAGGCAGACCUUCCGCAAGGACUCGUCCUCCUCGGUGUUCAUCGAGAGCCCCAAGUCCAGACCCAGCUCCAGCUCCGAGCCUCUGAGUCUGCAGAGCGCCAGCUCACCCAUACCACCGGAGAGUGAAACACGGGAUCGUAUGGAGGCUAUGGAGAAGCAAAUAGCCAGUCUGACCGGUCUAGUGCAGAGCGUCCUGACCAGAGGCCCGGACAGCGACAGCACGUGCGGCCUGCUGCGUCUCUGCAUGAUGGCGGGCUGCCCUCCAGACCAAGGCGUGGAGUUUUCACGGCCCUUCCCUUUCUCUUCCAGCGAGAAGACCGAAUCAGCCAGCGACGGCUCGGCCACAGGAAAUCAGACGCCGUCGGCCCCGCUGGCCCUGAUGCCGCCGCCCCCGUCUGGGGGCAGUCCGGCCAGCUCCGCCUCCAAGCUCCAGAUGCAGCUGCACCUGCACGACCUCAAGCAGAACGCCAACGACCUACGCAAACAGCUCGGCGUCCUGCGCAAGAUGCAGAUGCAAAACCAGGACUCGAUGCGCACCAUGAUGAAGCGUACGGAGGGCGAGAUCACCAUGCGCGUGUGCGACGCGCUGCGUAAGCAGGAGGACCCCCUGCAGAGGCAGCGGCUGCUGGUGGAGGAGGAGAGGCUCAAGUACCUCAACGAGGAGGAGCUCAUCAUACAGCAGCUACAUGACCUGGAGAAGUCUGUGGAGGAGAUCCAGAAGGAGUCGACCACCAACCAUAAGCAGGUGCCCAUGCAGGAGCUGGAGGAGAAGGCAGCCGUGCUGAGGAGGCUCGGGGAGACGCUCACCGAACUCAAGAAUCAGUUCCCGGGGCUGCAGAGUAAGAUGCGCGUGGUGUUGAGGGUGGAGGUGGAGGCUGUCAAGUUCCUGAAGGAGGAGCCCCACAGACUGGACGCCCUGCUCAAACGCUGCCGGAGCAUCACGGAAACACUCACCGCACUACGCAGGCAAGCGACAGAGGGUGUGUGGAAGAGCCAGGAGGAUGGCGUGGGGGACGACUACAGGAAGAGCGUGGACUUUGACCUCCCCACCAGCCCGCCCCUCAGCAUCAACGACAGCCUGUCCAAUUGGAGCCCGCACUCUGGCUCGGGACACGCCCACUCACACAGCCACAGCCACAGCCACAGCCACUCGCACGGCAGCCACGGCUCCACGGGCCAGCGGGAUGCUGGGAAGGGCAGAGAGGAGCAGGGCGGAGGAGGACGCCAUGGCCCCGACAAGAGCCUCUCUAUGGAGGUCCGACUGGCUGCGGAGCGUGACUGGGAGGAGAAGCGAGCCAGCCUGACCCAGUACAGCGCCCAGGACAUCAACCGGCUGCUGGAGGAGACGCAGGCUGAGCUGAUGAAGGCCAUCCCAGACCUGGACUUCGCCGCCAAGCACAUGAAGUCCCAGCAGAACUCACAGCAGUCCCAACAGGCCCAGUCUAAUCAGCAGCAGGCCCAGCCCCAGCAGGCCUCGUCCCAGCAGCCACAGCAGCAGCCCCGCAGCCAGACCCCUCCAGCCAACGCCACGCCGGGGGAGCACCCCCGCACACACUCCCCAAAGCCCCACCACAAGAUCUCCAGGGAGGGCGGCUCCAGGAGGGGCUCAGAUGAGUUGACAGUUGCAAGGUAUCGUACGGAGAAGCACUCCAAGUCUCCGCCCCCUCCCCCACCCCGACGCAGCUUCCCAUCAUCCCCUGGGCCAACCAGCCGCAGCGGAGAGCCCAUCGCACCCGAGAAGGGACUCAAGAAGUGUGAGUCUGAGGACAACUCUGACCUGCCCAAGCCCAUGGUGAAGCUGAGGAAGACCAUGUCAGAGGCCCCCCGCCCCACCACACCCCCCACCGCCGGGACACAGACGGCUGAGGAGGACAGGAACAACAUCGACAUGGAGGUGCCCCGCAUAGUGCUGACCGAGUGCCGGUCGGAGGCUGCCUCUCCCAACGGCUCCCUCUCCCCACCUGCCGUGGCACCGCAGUACAACGUCGUUAGGAGCAACCAGUUCCAACGAGGCUUCCUCCGACACAGUGUCACCGGAGCUGAGACCUCGGCAUGGAGACAGAGGCUGGUCAUGAUGAACCAGCAGCACUCGGACUCUGCUGCCAACCCCAUUGGACAGAGGAAGCUCCAGGGAGGGGCAGGCUCUGCGGAGUCCCUGCCGGCCCUCAAGAGGAGCACUUCGGUGGACCAGACAGGUGCCAAGGGGCCCUUGGUGGUGCCUAAGGCGACUGGGGCUCCGAGAGAGGAUGUUCGGACCAAGACCUACCGGCGGCUGGACAGCUUGGAGGAGACCAUCCGUGAGCUGGAGACCACCCUAAUGGAGAUCGGAGCUCACCCCAGCUCCGGGCCCCCCGUCUCCCCCAUCGCCUCUACUCCUACCCCUCAGCUGGUGGCGGAAAAGCCCUCCGAGAGCACCAGCGGCACUACACAGCCUGACCUGACCCCUACGACCGACUCCCAGCCAGGGGGCACCAAGAGGCCACCAGUGCCUCCCAAGCCAGCCGUCAGACCUCCUUACCUCCAGGGUGGAAACGGCGCCUCCUCUGGCAAGUCAUCAUCCUCCUCGGCAGCGUCCCGCCUGAAGCACCUGCAACAGGGCAACCCUGAGAAGAGUAAGCUGUCCAAGCAGCGCGAAGAGUUCCUUAAGAGUCAGGGACAGCUACAGCAAUGAGUGACAGCAACCUGAUCCAGCACAACUCAACCCAAACCCCAACCCAGAACCCAAACCCA